ACCGGAGCCGCUCGGAGCUGCGCGAACAUGGCCGAAGUCGGCGAGGACAGCGGCGCCCGCGCCCUGCUGGCGCUGCGCUCGGCUCCCUGCAGCCCCGUGCUAUGCGCCGCGGCUGCGGCCGCCGCCUUCCCGGCCACUACGUCCCCGCCGCCGCCGGCGCAACCUCCACCCGGGCCGCCCGCGCUGCCCGCCGAGCCCGGCCCCGGGCCGGUGCCCUCCACCGUCGCCACUGCCACCACCACCGCGCCCGCCCUGGUGGCCGCGGCCGCUGCCUCCGUGCGCCAGAGCCCCGGGCCUGCCCUGGCUCGCCUGGAGGGUCGGGAGUUCGAGUUCCUGAUGCGACAGCCCAGCGUCACCAUCGGCCGCAACUCGUCGCAGGGCUCGGUGGACCUAAGCAUGGGCCUGUCGAGCUUCAUUUCCCGGCGCCACCUGCAGCUCAGCUUCCAGGAGCCUCACUUCUAUCUUCGCUGUCUCGGCAAGAACGGCGUCUUCGUGGACGGGGCCUUCCAGAGGCGCGGAGCGCCCGCCCUGCAGCUACCCCAACAAUGCACCUUCCGGUUCCCGAGCACGGCCAUCAAGAUCCAGUUCACAUCGCUAUACCAUAAAGAGGAGGCCCCAGCAUCGCCCCUGCGGCCACUCUACCCACAGAUCUCCCCACUGAAGAUCCACAUUCCGGAGCCGGAUCUCCGGAGCCUCGUCAGCCCCAUCCCUUCCCCAACCGGCACCAUCAGUGUCCCCAACUCCUGUCCAGCAAGUCCUCGAGGGGCUGGGUCAUCCAGUUAUCGCUUUGUCCAGAAUGUGACCUCCGACCUUCAGCUGGCCGCAGAGUUUGCUGCGAAGGCCGCCUCCGAGCAGCAAGCAGAUGCGUCUGGCGGAGACAGCCCCAAGGACGAGUCGAAGCCACCGUACUCCUAUGCGCAGCUGAUCGUGCAGGCCAUCUCCUCAGCCCAGGACAGGCAGCUAACACUAAGUGGCAUCUACGCCCACAUCACCAAACAUUACCCUUACUACAGGACUGCCGACAAGGGCUGGCAGAACUCUAUCCGACACAACCUCUCUCUUAACCGCUACUUCAUCAAAGUCCCUCGGUCCCAGGAGGAGCCUGGGAAGGGCUCUUUUUGGCGAAUAGACCCUGCCUCCGAAGCCAAGCUCGUGGAACAAGCAUUCCGAAAGCGGAGACAGAGAGGUGUCUCCUGCUUCCGCACCCCCUUCGGGCCUCUGUCCUCACGGAGUGCUCCAGCUUCACCCACCCACCCAGGGCUGAUGUCCCCUCGUUCCAGUGGCCUGCAGACCCCAGAGUGCCUGUCUCGGGAGGGCUCCCCCAUUCCACAUGAUCCCGACUUGGGGUCAAAGUUAGCCUCUGUUCCAGAGUACCGCUAUUCCCAGAGUGCCCCAGGCUCCCCUGUCAGCGCCCAGCCGGUGAUCAUGGCUGUCCCUCCCCGACCUUCCAACCUAGUGGCUAAGCCUGUCGCCUACAUGCCAGCUUCCAUAGUGACCUCACAGCAGCCCUCAGGCCACGCCAUCCAUGUGGUCCAGCAGGCCCCUACCGUCACCAUGGUGAGGGUGGUUACCACCUCUGCCAACUCAGCCAACGGGUACAUCCUGGCUAGCCAGGGCUCGACUGGGACCUCCCACGACACAGCAGGCACAGCCGUGUUGGACCUGGGCAAUGAGGCUCGAGGUUUGGAAGAGAAGCCCACCAUAGCAUUUGCCACAAUCCCCGCAGCCAGCCGAGUUAUCCAGACGGUCGCCAGCCAGAUGGCCCCAGGAGUCCCCGGACACACAGUCACCAUCCUACAGCCGGCUACACCAGUGACUAUCGGGCAGCACCACCUUCCGGUCCGGGCUGUCACUCAGAAUGGAAAGCACGCUGUACCCACGAAUAGCUUGACUGGCAAUGCUUAUGCCCUCAGCAGCCCCCUGCAGCUCCUGGCAGCCCAGGCAAGUUCAUCCACUCCAGUGGUCAUCACCCGGGUGUGUGAGGUGGGGCCUGAGGAGCCAGCAGCAGCCGUCUCAGUAGCCGCUAAUGCAGCGCCAACCCCAGCCGCCUCCACUACCACAUCUGCCUCUUCUAGCGGAGAGCCCGAGGUCAAGAGGUCCCGGGUAGAGGAACCCGGUGGGACAGCCACCACACAGCCCACAGCUAUGGCAGCCACCGGCCCUCAGGGCCCGGGGACCGGCGAGUGAAGUGUCGCCUGCAGGAAGGUGGAGUGAAACUCACGCCACAGGAGCCCUAGUGGCCAGCAGCUACAUUCAAGGACCGAGUGGAAAAGCCCAUCACAGCCUGCAGCCCUCAUGUGGGUGGCCGCCGCACUCGGACAGUUUCCUUUUUAUCUCCUGUCCUCCCAUGGUUUGAAACAAACACAUAAACACGUACAGACAACUUGAUUGUAUGAAUCUGGGGGUUCUGUGUGUUUAUUUACCCCUCUCUCAUGCCAUCGCCUCUCCCCAGUUCUUGGGGGAGAAGGUCUAUCUAGCCCAGCUCCUCAGGAAUGGAUCCCAGGCAGCGCCCACAACAAGAGCCUGAGCCCCAGGCCUGGACAGAAGCACAGUGCAAACCCAGGCUCCUCUCUCUGAGAGUGGGUCCACGGAUUUCCUAUUUGUGACUGAUCCGGGAAUAGACCAGAAAACAGAAUGGCAAGAACUUCCCAGCCACAGGCUAGGAUACAGAGCCCUCUCCCCAAAAGUGACAGAGACUGUGGCAUUAACUGGGGUCAGGGAGAUCUGCUUUGGCUUUGGACCCUAAAUAUUUCUUUCAGCUAAAUAUGGAAUCUGGGCUCAUCUCCAACCUGAGACACACAGAGCAGACCAUGUGUCUCUGAGGUUCCCUUUUGUAGGCAGCCAAGCAACACCAGGCCCUGCGCUCGACCACACCAGGCCCUGGUGAACAUGCCGCUCUCCCUGAUAACUCCAAGAAGGAUGGGCGGCUCCCACAUUGAUGGAUCAAAGAGCUCUGGGUUGAAAGUCAGCCCAGGGCCAGUGCCCACAGCACUGAAUGAGUCGAGAGCUGCAAGCUACAAACGGAUCUCCAGGGAAGCCUGAGCCAGCUGCAAGGGAAGUCGGUCAGCCACUUGCUCAGCAGGAGGAUGAUGGAUGGUGGGUGGUAUGCGGCAGGAAGACAGCAGAGGAUCUGGGCGGUGAUCUGCUCACACCGUCUCCUCCCCCACCCACCCCACCCCCAUUCCAGUUAACUGAGAACCCUGUCCAGUUUGAAAAUGGAAACCCUCUUUUCUACCUGACCGUUAUCCUCUGGAAAGGAAACUACCUCUCCGGACAGCAGUCGGUGCCAAGUUUGAGUACAGUGCAGCAAGAACCAAAGCGUGGGUGUCAGCUGAGGACUUGGACGCCCGGGGAAGGUCCCUUUGCAUGCCGGACAAGUGACCAACAGCACUUUAACAUACACCACACCAAGUCUCGUGAGCAGGAGCCAUCAAAUGUUUCUCUCUGUGAGAAUGAGAGUUGAUUUUAUAGAAGCAGUCAUGGGGGCUGUGCGACAGGAAACUCCAAAGCAGCCAGAAACUCAGUGUUGGUCCUCCUAGAGGGUGGUCGGUAAGCAGCUGGCAACAACUUGGACAGAGCCCCAGGCCCUGUCGUUGGUAUCAAACCACCCACCAGUCAGCCGCCUUCUCUGCCUGGUGCCGGUCAGAAGAGGCCCAAGGGCCCUGUGGGCAGAGAGCAGGCUGGACAAGCUGCCUUUGCUGGAAGGGACUCCAGACCUGGAGGCUGUGGUCACAGGAGAGCAGAUGACCGGGAUGGAUAAGUCCAAGCUCCGAUGUAUGGCUGCUGCCAUUGAAGCCACCAGUGCCCCCCACACAUCAGGGACCAGGGCGGAGCACCUGCCUCCUCUCUUGAGCUAUCUCCCAAGCUCCCCAGCCAGUCAUUUCUGUAGUACUCGGCUUCAAGCCAGUGUUUUGGAGGUCUCCUGCCUAUUGCCUGGAAAGGUUCAGAGAAGUGGGGCUGGUGUGAUGGUGGCUGGGGGAGGGGUUUCCCCUCAGAGGGGGCAGAGGGCUGGCUCUGUCUCACAUCUUCCCUUGGUACCUGGCAUGAACUUCUCUCUGUGUGCCUGGUGUGAGCCUGGGGUUAGGGAAGAACGAAUGGGGUGGAGAUCUGAGUUGCGUAGUGGGCUGAGGUGACAAGGGACGUUGGUGCCAGCUGCUGAUCUUUCCCUCCAUCACCCUUUACUCCAGGGCUGUCCAUGGUCACCCUCCAAGGCAGAUUAAGAUUGUGGAUGGUCAUGAGCAGGUUGCUGUCCCAGUUCCUGAAACGUGGGCUCCGUGCUCUGAGGCAGAUCUUCACCAUUAACAGGGGCGUGGAAGGGUAUGGAGAGAGAGAGAGAACACACACUGUCCCGGUACACGGCCUGACGGCCUGGUUGGACAGCCUGAGCUACAAGGAGGCUAGACUAGUGCUGCUGCUCUGCGGAGUGGGUUUGGUCAUCUGCUGGGCAGAAGCUGGCACCAGAGCGUGCUCCCACAAGCUCUGAGCCAGGAGGGCCAUGUCCACGCACUGUGUGGCCCAUGGCUGGCAACCCUGGAGCACCCCACUAAGCCCUGGGUUGGGGGAACAAUUCAGGAACAGAUGUGAAGCCUUUAUAGACAAAGGAACCCCUUGGGCAGUGGUAAAACAGUGUAAGGUGGGGGUUAAAGGUCAGUGAAAUGUAAGAAGAAACCCUUCCCCAUAGAGAGAAACGGGUGGAUUGUUCCUGUUCUUCCUCAAAAUCCUCAAAUUUCAUAACACCCACGUGACAUUGCUCGCCCAGUCCCUCCCUCCCCAUCCGAACUGCACAGUGCCUGCUUAGAAUAAGUCAGAAAGGGGUGGCGUCUCAGCUCUAGUGAAAGGUCCCUCAUGUGUGGGAAACAUCACAUCCUGGCCAGGAGAGGCAAAGUCACCACAAAUGGCCACAGGGUACCCCGAGGCUAGGUCAGGGGGAACAGAGCGGCCACCUAUAUCCUCACCUCCGGUCUCCCAGAAUACCUCUGCUUAGAAGCAAUAUUAAAAAGGAUAAGUCAAGCUGUUCCAAAGAUUGCCACUGCAGACACCACUUCCCUUCAGAGCAGGCCCUCUGACAGGGACUUUGGCUUGCUGGGCCGGGUGGGCGGGGCAGAGAACAGAGGCCUUCUGCCUGCUGCUUCAGUCCUGCUCCCCAUUUAAUGCCCCCUUUCAUCUUGGGAGUUCUCAUGAACUCAGGGUGGGUCUUGCACCCACCUGCUUGUUGGGCUCUAGAUUGUUUUGUUUUGGGUUUUGUUUGUUUGGGUCUGUCCUGCAAGGUGAGCUACUAGGCCAGUGCUCUACCACUGGCUGUACUCCCAGCCAUUUUGAUUUUUUAAACUUGAGAUGGGACUCACAAAGCUGCCCAGGCUGGCCUUGAACUCCCAGUCCUCUUGCCUCAGCUUCCUGAAUUUCUGGGGUGAUGGCCUACAUGCUACCAUGGCCCAGCGCUGUUUGCGUUUUGUCUUUUUUUGUUUGUUUGUUUCUGUACCAAAAGCUGCUACACUGGUGACACAGCAGGGUGUGGCCUAGGUGCCCCCACAGACUGGCAUAUGGCACGUCUCUCUCUCUCUCUGCCCUCCCUAACCCCUAACGUCACAGCUGCUUGGCAAGGGAACAUUUUUGAACCAACCACAGAUGUUUCCUUAGGAAAAGUAGGUUUUCUACUCGUGGUGAAGAACAAAAGCCCCCUGAGUGGUCCUGGCUGCUCCUCUGCAUUGCCUCACUGCUCCAAGGUUCCCUCUAUCAGGCCUCAGCUCUACUGCAGGGAACAUUCUAGAACCUGCCCCCCACACACACACUCCCCCCCAUGGGCACGGGGCAUAACAGCCUGGGCAGGCCUGUCCCACAGAUGAGGCCAGCCGCAUGCCUUCUCCAGAGGUACCAUCUGGGCACGAGGCAGGACAGAGGAUGCUCGAAGGGAGGAAGCGGCCAGCUAGAGGGAGAGCAGUUUGGUAAGAGCUAAGGGGAGGUAAGCCGGUGGGACUGGAGGCUGAGGGCUGCCCUCACAGCUGGUGCCGAGCCAGCAGUGGUAAAGAUCCCUCAGUGAGGAGUCUGUCUGUCUGUCUGUCUCUGUGUGUGUGUGUGUGUCUCUCUCUCUCAAAAUACUUAGAGUGCUUCAGUCACAAUGAAAAGCAUGUGUUUCUGUACUUGGGCUAAGCUGUCAAACACAGGCUGCCUAGGGCCCCCAGGACCUCUUCCCCUAAGUCCUUGUCUGUGUGUGCACGCACACACACACACACACACACACACACACACACACACACACACACACGCACACCUGCCUUGUGAGAGUUAGAGGACUAGAAGGGCCUGCUGCUUUACCUCUGGAAUCCUGUUCCUGUGACUACUCACAGGUGACCAGUGUGGAGGAAUCUGGGGCCCAGGCACCCCAAAAGCCUGAGUGCAGACAGUGGCCAGGUGUGGUCCACAACCCCAUAUGUGAAGCACUUACCACCAUUAGAGCAACCUCAGCACUGUCCCCUGUGUCCCUGGGACUGGCUGACUCUGAGCUCCGUGACCCACUGAAUGUUCAUGUUCUCUGUCCUGUAUGUAUCCAAAUGGCACCUUGGCUUCUGAGUCUGAAUUUGCUGGCUUAGAACUUUUGUUUUUAAUUGGUAAAACUGGGAAUUCAAAAAUCUAAUAUUUUCAAUUUGGUCCCUCUCUCCCAUAGUCUCCUCUUAACGUCCUUCCUGGGUGGGAGGGGCAUUUGGGAUCCCUGAUAAUACCUUAGCUUGAUUCUUAGGCUGGGAAAAGGUGGUGGGGGUGGGGAGGGGUGACCCUAGCUGUUUUCCAGGUCUCUCCUUGGAUUCUGCUGUGUUCUUGGGGGGGGCGGGCAGCAGCUGUGCACGUGUGAGGGAGGGGCUAAAGCCAAUAGUGAGGCGGUUCUUUUUCUUAACUGAAUGAUAAUUCUGUAAAAGUAAUUGGGGGAGGGUCUUCAGGGAGUAUGUGUGUGUGUGCGUGCGUGAGAGCAUGUGUGAUUUUGUUUUGUUUCAUUUUUUACAGUGGCUGUCAAGUAUUUUCAUGAUAUGUUUAACACUUAGUGCUUUAAAAGCAGUGGUACCCAAUACGAUGGGAAUCCGAGUUCCAGAGAUGGGACGUGCCCCACCUCAGUGAGCGAAGGUCCCACUCUGGAGGCAGGGGUAAGAAAGGCCUGCGGACCCACACACCAAGCAGCAACACCUGGGCGUUCAUUUCAAACGGGAUACAGUAUUUUUUUAUAACAGAACCAUCCUUUUUUUAAACAAAAAGUUUUGACACCUGAAUGUGAUUUCUAACUAUUAUUAGACGUUAAUGUUUUAAAGCUAUAACAAAGUGGAAAUUUCUACUUUCUUUUUCAUUCAUUUGAACUGUUCUUUUAUCUAUUCGGUUGUUGUAUGUGGGUGGGGAAGCUCUGUUUUCUCCUCUUAGCAUUUGUUUCUAUAACCAGAAAUAAAAAUUAUAUAUUAAAGAGAUGUA